UAGGGCUGUCCCGAGGCAUCUGUAUGUGGUUGGAGCGCUCUGUGUGGGAAAAAUGGCAUCAGAAGCUGUGGUGUUUCAGCAUGACCUCCCUGGUGUCGCCAUGAAGGAGCUUUACGACGUGGGAGGUGCGGCACCGGGCUAUGGCUUCGGUGGUGAACGAGGAAGGCAUGGCAGAUGGAGCACCUGUUGCUCCUCCCCGGUGCAGAACUUCGACGACUGGGAUGUGGAUUCGCCGCCGACGCCGGGUGCAGCUGCUGCUCUCCGAGAGGAGACUGCGGGGACGGGGGAGGCCGUGGGACGGAGCAAGAGGCAGCGCACCAAGAGAGUCAAGAGCGAGGAAGAGGUGGAGAACCAGAGGAUGACUCACAUCGCUGUGGAGCGUAACCGGCGGAAACAGAUGAACGAGUACCUCGCCGUGCUCCGCUCCCUCAUGCCGGCCUCGCACUCGCAAAGGGGCGACCAAGCAUCGACGGUUGAAGGCGCCAUAAACUUCGUCAGAGAGCUCGAACAAUUAGUCCACUCCCUCGAGGCUCGGAAGCGAGUCAAGCAACGAUCCAAGGCAUCUCCUUUUUCUGCCUUCUUCACCUUCCCUCAGUACUCAUCAGCCUCUUCACCCUGCACGAACACCGAGAGCAGCGGAGCCGCGGCCGACGUCGAGGUCAUCGUCAUCGAGAGCCACGCCAACGUGAAAAUCUUCUCGAGGCGGCGAGCCGGACAGCUGCUGAAGCUGGUGGGCGGCAUGCAGAGCCUGCGACUCACGGCGCUCCACCUCAACGUGACCGCCGUCGACGAGAUGGUGCUCUACUGUCUCAGCGUCAAGGUGGAAGACGGUUGCCAGUUGACGUCAGUGGAUGAGAUUGCCACCGCAAUCCAUGGAAUACUUGCAGAGAUCGAAGAGGAAGCUGGUCACGGCUAGUCAAAACCCCUUCUCUCUCAGAGCCUAAUGACGACGUAAUGCUGCUGCAGUACAUGAGAUUGUAUGCAAUAACUCUGAUAUAACUCGAUGACAUCCUUCUCUUUCCGAUGAUAAGUUUACGUUCCUUAGUGUCGAGCUUCACACAUCAUAU